CCCAAAAAUAAAAGUAAAAUCAUCAAAUAAUUUUUUAAUAGAAGGUUAGCCAAACAAAGCGUAGGACCAAGAUUCGCGGAAAUCCAACAACCAAAGCCAUAGUUCAGAAGCCGUCCCUUACUUUUACACGAUCGGAUUCUGCAGUUCCAAACAAAUCUGAAGAAAACUCAAUCUUGGUUCUCUUCCGGACAAGAACAAAGAGAGCAAGUGACCCAGCAAAGAGUCUGGCAAAGCGAAUGGCUCAAACCAUCUCCUACAUAACUGGUUCUCAACUCCUUUCCCUUCAACGCCGUCCAAAUAUUGCCAUCAUAGAUGUCAGGGAUGAUGAAAGGAGUUAUGAUGGGCAUAUAGCUGGGUCUUUUCACUAUGCCAGUGGCACUUUCACUGAUAAGAUCACCAAUCUUAUUCAAGAUGUCAAAGGCAAAGAUACUCUUGUUUUCCAUUGUGCUUUAAGCCAGGUUCGUGGCCCAACUUGUGCAUGGAGGUUAGCCAAUUAUCUAGAGGAGAUGAAAGAAGAUGCCGGGAUCAAGAACAUUUUGGUUUUGGAACGCGGUUUCAAUGGCUGGGAGGCUUCUGGCAGACCCGUUUGUCGCUGCACUGAUAUCCCUUGCAAGGGGGCGAGUGCAUCAUCAUCUAUUAGAAUUCAUUCUCGCUGAGAAGGAAUCAAAAGCAUAUCAUCUUAUUGCCCUCAACCAUUUACCCAUUUACACUCUGUUUUAAAAGUUAAAAUAUCUGAAUUCUGAAUGAUAAUGUCUACUCCAUUGGAGAUGGAACAGGCAAAUAUAUUACCGUUCUGGUUUCUACCAAACUUGUUUUCACUUUUAGUAUUUUGGGCAUGGUUGGUUAAUGGCCCUGGCCCUUUUCUUUUGGGGAAUGUGCAUCAUAAUCAUGUCUCUCUAUAUCUUUUCACGUAUCAGUAUCAUCGAAACAUAGGAAAGUAUGGGAAGCUCAAAAUUUGAUGUUGUUACUAUAAGAAUGUUUCAAUUAUCUAAGCCUUUGUGAAACCUUUAAGUCUUGACCAAAAAAACCUUUAAAAGAAAAGAAAAUUUUAUUCUAAUCCUCUCCCAACGGUCAGUCCAAGUCUAGGAGGGCAACAAGUAGAAAGGGGAGGGGACUAAGUCUGUCUGUUGCCUGGUCUAUUAGCCCAGAGCCCAAGUUUCCGCAUCAUCACUCUUGUCAAUG